AUGAAUUCCGAGCAUUAUUCUAAUUGUUUCCAGUGCGAUCCUUACCAAAUACGAAGUCUUCAGCAGGAGAAGACGGCCGAAAGAGGAGGCUGUGGAGGGGAUGACCCGGCAGUGUGGCUGCCAGGCACGGGCAGUACGUACCGGACCAGGCUAGCUCCGCCGCCGGGACCAUUUUCGCCAGGCUGCUCAGAGCUGUCGUCAACACCACUCAACUCCACGACCCAGCUGCUUCCAUCCGCCUCCAUCACCCCAACCUACGCCCCUCCAAAUCGCCACGAAAACCGCCGCCCGCGACAGCUUUUCGACGACGCCAGCUCAACACUUCAUCCUGACAUCUUCAGUAACGUUUACAGCAUCACAAUGGAGCGCUUCAGGAACAUGCUCCAGUCCCAGGGCCUCGGUGGCCUGGGCAGCCAACCCGGAACGGAUAACACACAGCUUAUCGACAACUCCGAGACCGUCUACAUCUCCUCCCUUGCCCUCCUCAAGAUGCUGCGACACGGCCGCGCUGGUGUUCCCAUGGAAGUGAUGGGUCUGAUGCUGGGAGAGUUCGUCGACGACUUCACGGUACGCGUGGUAGAUGUUUUCGCCAUGCCCCAAAGUGGUACCGGCGUUAGUGUAGAGGCGGUCGACCCUGUUUUCCAGAUGAAGAUGAUGGACAUGUUGAGACAAACCGGAAGACCUGAGGCCGUCGUUGGAUGGUACCAUUCCCAUCCUGGUUUCGGAUGCUGGCUUUCAUCCGUCGAUAUCAACACCCAGCAGUCCUUCGAGCAGCUUACCCCGCGUGCUGUCGCCGUCGUCGUCGACCCCAUUCAGUCCGUCAAGGGCAAGGUUGUCAUUGACGCCUUCCGCCUGAUCAACCCCCAGUCCCUUAUGCUUGGUCAAGAGCCCCGGCAAAGCACGAGUAACUUGGGCCACCUCAACAAACCCUCAAUCCAGGCCCUCAUCCACGGCCUGAACAGACACUACUACUCCAUCGGCAUCAACUACCGAAAGACGGCGCUCGAGGAGAACAUGCUCAUGAACCUGCACAAGCACGUUUGGACCGAGGCAUUGGAGAUGAACGACUUCAGACACGAGGGCGACUGCAACAAGGAGCGCUUGGAGCGCCUUGUCAGCCUUGCGGAAGGCUAUGAGAAGCGCGUCAAGGAAGAAACCGAAUUGACAAAGGACCAGCUCAAGACCCGCUAUGUCGGCAAGCUCGACCCCAAGAAGCAUUUGGAGGACGUCGGCCAGCAGCUGAUCGAGGACAACAUUGUGUCCGUCUCGAGACAGAUGAUCGACAAGGAAGCGACGAUGCCUAAGAAGGACGGACCGGCGGGUGGCAAGGAUCAAUCGAACGGUGACUCGAUGGAUGUGGAAGAGGAGUUCAUCCCGGUGUGCUCAAAGGCGAAGCGCAUGCGAAUUCACGUUGUUCUCUUACAGUCCCAGAACAUCCGAGAAACACAGAUCCGAGUCUCAAUCCCAUUGUCGCCUACUAAACAACAACUUCUAGAGGCAAAUCAAGAGAACCUAUUAUCCAGCUUACCCGUUUCCUACCACUUGACAACAACAUUUCCUUGCCUCCCUGUAUUGCAUCUUCACGGCAUGAAGUCUCGGCAAACUGACAAGAGUUCUCAUUUGAGGUAUACUUUUCGAUUUCCCGUGUCGACUCGCCUCCACUUCUCGAGAAACCGCACACAGCGGACAGCUUCUACGACAGGUCUUUUCGACUUUCCCCUUGAAAGUCCACCAGGUUUGACAGAUACGGCAUCCCGUCAGCAUCAAAGUCGGUUCCCCGUCGUCGAAUUCUUGAAACGUCUAUCAAGCCGCUGUCGCGGUCUUACCAGGAGCAUGGCCUCGUCUCCCUCGCAAACGUCUGGACAAAGUGAGAGUCAACCACUGCGAUAUAACACACCAAGUAAACCGCAUGGCUCUGGAGCCAACGCAGCCCCAGAGUCUCCGGCAGAGUCGUAUCUGCAUGCACCCAGCUCCUCGCUCCCAAGACCCGACAUAAGCCCCGCAUCAACUCACCAAGUUCUUCACCGCCUUGGGAGCACCUUCUCACAUGUACAGUAUGCUGUUUGCGGCGACGCAGCGCUGAUAGCAUACGGCCAUGGCUCUCGUUCCCCGUCCCACGUUACAAUCAUCUGCCCAGCCUACGCCCAAGAGGUCAUGAAAGCGUGGGCGGCUGCCACCAGCGGCAUGCUCAACUACCCCGGCGAACCAGACACUCUUGGCGUCUCCGAUGAAGAAGGGCAGGUGUGGCCCGUUAAAAUGAGGACCAUGGCGUUUGAGCGUAGCUUUGAGACGCUGCCGACUGUAAGUCUCUGCUUUGGGGAUGACUCCUCUCCCACAACCAUCUUGACUAUGCCGGCUCUUGUUAACGAGAUUGCGCUUUCAUACGUUGUUGACAGGCAUAUAGAGGAAGAAGGAUUCCUGGACGAGCUUGCAGUAGACCUGGUUUGGCUCUUGCAAAGUAUCAUUGAAGACGGAAGUCCAGAGCAAAUGCUCAAGGAGCAUGACGCACCCGCCAUCAGCAACCCUAUCUUCUGGUAUGACUUCACGGAUGCGUAUCCCGAACUAGCUGGACUCUUCUACGAUGCUGGAUAUCGACCUGAGGGGUCUGGGGUAGACGUGAGCCAGGUGAGUGAUAUGAUACCGGCCGAGCUACGAUCUCUACCCCUGCGAGAGAUCAUUACGAGAGGUAGGAGUCGCCGUGGCGGCAGAUCCGAUGCCAAGCUGUGGCGCCAAGUGCUGGAGGGGCCGAACUUGACCAGGGCGGAGCUCAGGAAGGUGAUUCGGGACCAUCCGUCGUACAGGCGCAAGUCGUCGGGUUAUGGAGAUUUAGAUGACCAAUCGUGGGCUCCUCGUUCAUACAGCCGUAGGCCUUUGAGGAGACAGCAGAGCCAAGCGGCACCCUCGUCGGUGGUUCCUUUUGGAGACAAGAUCUCUAACUUCUUGUUCGGACAUUUCACUUUCUCCUCCAUCUUCUGUUCUGCAGCAGCUGUUUACCUUCGAAUGACUUACCCAUUUCUUUGUCACGUUAUUUCAAAGUACCUUAGUGUUGUUCCCCAGGCGCUCUCUAUGCCCCGAGGGCUUUUACAAAGAAGAAACCAGAUAUUCUGGUCUAAAGUCCCAUGGUCCCCAUCUAACUUGAACGCCAUUAUCCCUUGGCUGUGCAGACCGACCCGGUCUCUUUGCAUCAUACUCGCUUGUAAAGAACCAAAAAACAAACGAAACCUGUAUUUCCAUCCCAAUUCGCCCCGCUGGAUAUGGUGA